AUGUUUUUACUCUUUUUUCACAUAUUUUCAUUCUUUUCUUCUUCAUAUUUUUCUCUUUUUUCUUCUUCACAUUUUUUAAUUCUCUUUUCUUCAUAUUUUUCCCGUUUUCUCUUUUUAUCAUUUUUGUUUUCUCUUUUUACUUCAUAUUUUUUCUUCUUCACAUAUUUUUAUACAUUUUUUUCCAUAUUUUAUUUCAUAUCUUUAUAUAUUUUUUCCUAUUUUUCAAUAUUUUUUCUUCUUCAUAUUUCUCCCGUUUUCUCUUUUUCUUCUUCAUAUUUUUCUAAAUCUUCCUGUUCUAAUCUUAUUUUCUUCUUCGUUAUAGCAUUUGUUCUCUUUCUUUUAUUUUCCUCUCCUUUUGCACUUUCAUUUAUUAACUUUCAAUUCUUUUUCAAUUCUAUCUUCUUUCAUUCUUCUAAACUUAUAACAUUGAUUUUCUUUCUUCCUGCGUCGCAUCAUCGUUCUUUUCUUCUUCCAAAUAAUCAUCAGCUUUCUCUUAUUUUUUUCUUCAAAAUAAAUAUCAAUAUAUUUCUUUUCUUUUCUUUUUUUUUUUGCCCACUUCUUUUUUCAAAAAAUCUCACUACCAUUGUUUUCCUUUUUUUCUUUCCCGUCUUCUUCUUCUUCUUCUUCUUCUUCUUCAACAUCCAUAUUAUCUAUCUUUUACUUUUUUCCUUCUUUUUUUCUUUUUCUUCUUUCUUCGGACAUUCAUUUAUUUUCUCCCUUUCUUCUUUUUCUCUGUCACAGUCUUCCUUUUAUUUAUUUAUUUUAUUUUUUAGUAAUCUUCUUCUUCGUCUUUUUCUUCCCUAUAUCCUGUUUUCUGUUUUUUCUUCUUCAUCAUUCAUUUUUAAAUUAUUUCUAAUUUUUCAUCUUCUAUACAACAUUCAUUCUCUUUUCUUCCUCAUAAUAUUCAUUUUUAUUUCUCAUCUUUUCUCUCGUCUGUCAUUGUCUUUCUUUUUCUUUCAUUUCUUUCUUCGUACUAUUCUAGUCUUUUUUCUUCUUCUUUCUUUUUUCUACUACUUCAUAUAA